CCCGAACUGCGCCUCAGCCCUAACAAUGGCGGAAAGAAGUGGUAAAAAGAAAGUUAAUGGCGUCAUUUCGCAAACCAAGAAGCGUCCCUCCUCCUCUUCCAUCUGUCGAGCUGACCGCUCCAGGAAGGCAGAACCAAAGGAAACUAAACUGAAGGAAAAACCUGCCUCUGAUCCAACAAAAAAACACACAGAUGAACUGUUCGCCAAGGAAGAGCAGUACAAGCUGCUGAAUGCUGAGCUUGAAGCCAAGACAGCAGAACUGGUGAGAGAAGCGGAUGAACUUAUGAGGGAGCAAAAGGAAGAUCUAUCAUCUCUGUCCAAUGUGCUCCUCCUGGAUACGGAAGAUGAAGAUGAUUUCAAGAAGCCCAAAUCUCAACCAAGGACCUUGAGGGAUCCUGGAAUGAAGGUGAACCAAAAAAAGGUCACACCUGCGACACAGAGCACGCACGCUGGAAAACAAGGAACGAAGCCACGAUGUAAAACAGCAACAUCGGACGGCUCUCCUCACGCAGAGGAUUCGGCAGCUUUAGAGGAUGAAGCUGAGCUGUUCUUAGCAAAGACCAUCCGGAGCAUGGAGGAGAAAAUGAAGGACUCUGUUCAAGAAAACACCGAAGAUAACGCUGAAGAUCAUGUGGGAUCCGCCGCUUCCGACGCUCAGACACGAGUGCUGAAGGCAAAACUUCGAAUCAUGCAAGAGGAACUCGACCUGCUUUCUUGUGACUAUUAUAAGAAGGAUGAUGAAAAUGCUAAGCUGACUGCAGCAGUUAAGGAGCUCGAGGAGGACAGGGCCAGACUGCAGAGGGCCGUCGGCAUCCAGCAAACACAGACCGAGAAGCAGAAAGCUUUGGCCGAAGAGUUGGCCAAAAAAUGCGACAACCUCCAGCUGCAAGUGUCUGCUUUAAGCAAGGAAGUGGAGACCCUGACCAGAUCGCAGAAGCAGGCGGCAGCCGUCCACGGCACCGUGGAGGUCCGCCUGAACAGAGCUCUGGAGGAGGUGGAGAGGCUGAAGUCCCAGUUGAGUAAGACGAGACAGAUAAACAAGGACAAGAUAAGUGAAGAACAUCAGAGUAAAGAGAAUCUGCUGGCUGAAAACCAAACCCUGAAGAAGCAGAAAGCUGAACUUAUUGUUGCUUUCAAGAAACAGCUGAAGCUCAUCGACAUUCUCAAAAAACAAAAGAUGCACUUUGAAGCCGCGAAGCUGCUGUCCUUCACAGAAGAGGAGUUCCUGAAAGUUUUGGACUGGGGGAAGGCAUGAAGGUGGAGAUCUGCGCAAUUUACGUCAUUGCUUUUAUUUCUCUUUUAAAGAAAAUGGUUUGACAGUAGACAGGUCUAUUUUAGACACAAUUCUGCGUUUUGAAGCCUGAGUUUACAAUUUGUAAGUCUGAUUCCAUAUUUAGAUUUGAUUACAUCCUCUGUAACAUAACUGGAUCCUCUGAAAAUGUCUUGAUUUUAUUUA